CCAGCCAUGCCAAUCACUAAGGUCCAGCCUUUCAUGAAUGAGGAGAAGACAUGGUGUGGCCGGUUGGUGGCUCGCAGGAUGGAGCUGCUGAUCGGAGCAUUGGUCCUCAUGGUGGUUAUUCUCACGCUGGGCAUUGGGCUGGGAGUGGGUCUUAGCUGUGUGGGUAAGUUCCGCUGUGGUACGUCUUCUCGCUGCAUCAGUGGCUCAGCGCAGUGUGACGGGGUGAUGGACUGUGAGAAUGGGGAGGACGAGCUUAGCUGUGUGCGUUUGAGUGGAAAGAGUUCAGUGCUCCAGGUGCUGAGUGGAGGUGUGUGGAGGACUGUCUGCUCUGAAGACUGGAACUCUGCUCUGGGCCUUUCUGCCUGCAAGCAGCUGGGAUACUCCAGGUAUGUGGAGUCCCGCUCUCUCCCCCUCUCUGCUAUAGAGCAGGACUUCCAGCAAAACCUGGUGUCAAUCAACCUGAGCCAGUCGGGCCAACAGGCCAUCAAGAUUCACAACGCCACCAGCCUCAGUAAGACUCAAUGCAGCUCAGGGACGGUGACCACAAUCAAAUGCCUGGAGUGCGGCUCCAGACCCCAGUUCAGCAGUCGUAUUGUUGGGGGUAAUGUAUCAGCACUGGGCCAGUUUCCCUGGCAGGUGAGCCUACACUUCCAGAGUGAACACUUGUGUGGAGGCUCUGUCGUAGCAGACAACUGGAUACUGACAGCUGCACACUGCGUGUAUGGGUUUGCUUUCCCCUCACUGUGGGCAGUGCAUGUAGGGUUGACAGAGCAGCCGGUGAAUGGGGCUCAGGCUCUGGCAGUACAGAAGAUUAUUUACCAUGGCCGCUACCGGCCCAAAGCUCUAGACUAUGACAUCGCUCUGAUGAAGCUGGCUGAGCCACUCACCUUUAACGGUCUAGUGGAGCCCAUCUGCCUACCUAACUUUGGGGAGGACUUUGAGGAUGGGACCAUGUGUUGGAUCUCAGGCUGGGGGGCCACUUCAGAUGGGGGUGACGCUAGCGAUUCGUUGCUCUCUGCCCGGGUCCCACUCAUCUCUUCUAAGGCGUGCAGCACGCCAGGCGUCUACCAGGGCUACAUCUCCCCCGGGAUGAUCUGUGCAGGAUACCUGGAGGGAGGAACAGACUCCUGCCAGGGAGACAGCGGGGGACCUCUGGCAUGUGAGGACUCAGUGUGGAAAUUGGUGGGGGCCACUAGCUGGGGCCAGGGCUGUGCUGAUAGGAACAAACCUGGGGUCUACACCCGCGUCACCCAGUCCCUGAAGUGGAUCCACCAACAGAUGGAGAAAGAAGAGGAGCUGAACCCCUCUGAAGUUAGUACGGACAACUGA